AUGUCGAAGGGUGAUUCUGCUGAAGCAUCCAAGCCUCUUAGAGCUAUUGAUUAUAUCAGGGAACACUCAAUUGAACAAAAACUAGAAGAAUUUAUUGGUCAGAUUGUUCACGAACGUCCAAAUGAUCCAUACGGUGUUUUAGCAAAUAAAUUUGCUUCUCAAUCACAGCCUCCAACUGUUACACAACUAAAAGGUCAUGAAAUACUUCUUUCUACAGGCAGACCUACUCUUCAAGUUGAAGUUUGGGCGAAUAUGCUCGGAAGAAAUGUGAUGGUAGCUGUUUCAAAUGCUCCCAUUGGUACUUCUGUCUUUAACCAAGAGCAAAAACCAUAUUUAGAUACAAACACUACGAGAUUUUUAGGUUUAGGCAGCAGAAACGCGUGCACUCUUGUUGAACUUAUAUCAUCAGCUCUUCAAGGCAAGAACUUCAUGACAAUCGAUCAGUUUGAUAUGAUUAUCAAGAAAGUUUUGGAUGGCAAAUCCGGAAUUGUUAAUGUUUUAAGUGCAGCCUCUUUCGCCCUAGCAAGAGCUUCAGCAAUUGUUCGAGAACAGCCUCUUUUCUUAUACUUAUACGAAUCAAUUUACCCUCAACAAUCAAUUGACCAUUUUUCGAUUCCUACACCAGCAAUCACUGUAAUACAAGGUGGUAUGCAUGCAACAUCGCCACUUUUAUUCGAAUCUGUUUUUAUUAUUCCAAAAUCAUCGCUUUCUUACAUCGAACAACUCAGAAUUUGUUCUGAAAUAGCAUAUCGCGUACAAGAUAAGCUCUACGGCGAUAAAGAAGUAUUUGCUGUUGGUAAGGCAGGUGGUUACGUAAGCAAUUCUUCAGUUAUUUCCUCAACUGUUGCUUUAAUUGAGAAAUGUAUCACAGAAACUGGUCUUACACCAGGCACAGAUAUACAAAUUGGCAUAGAUUGUGCAGCAUCAUAUUUAUACGAUACAGAAAGGCAACUCUACCAAGUAGAAAAAGGAGUUUACAAGAAUACUCAACAAUUAGUACAAUAUUAUUUAGAUCUUUUAGCACAGCACCCAUCCAUUACGAUCCUUAACGAUGGUAAUAGUGAUCUAGACCAUGGCGGCUGGGAUAAUUUACAACAAGGUAUCCAAAAAUCCGCAAUUGUUUCGGGUGGUGAUAUUUAUGGUUCCCAAGCGAUGCAGUCCCGCAGAGGCUUGAAGAAGAAGUGGACAGAUGCCAUUCUUUUGCAGCCAGGACAGGCAGGAACACUUUCCGAGGCUGCUGAAACAGCAAAGCUCUUCAAACAGAAGGGAAAGCAGGUAAUUGUCGGUAGAAGAAGUGGUGAAACAUGCGAUACAACAAUUGUUGACUUCGCUGUUGCAAUUCAAGCAGAAUAUUUCAUGGGAGGUGGAAUUAUCGGUUCUGAAGGCUCUGCAAAAUACAACCACAUGCUUAGGAUAUACGAAUACCUUAGAGAUCGUUCAAUAAUUCAAUAA